CGGCGGCGGACAGCACACAUAUAAGCCAUAGCCGCCGAUCUAAAAAGGCUUUCCCCCGUUUGCGUGACGUGUGGCUUUGUAUGCGUGUAGUGCGUUUAACGUCUUGCCCGUUUGGAGGAGAGUGGACGAAUCGCCGCAUAUCAUUGUUUUUUUUUUUCUUAAAUUUUUCUCACCGUUUGUUUUGUGAGAUAACGUGUUAACUCGUAGAAAAUUUGUUUUCAAUUGAAAAAGGAAAAAUGUAAAUUAUUCGAGUGUGAAACUUAAAUAUUUUUCGUUCGUCGUUUCGUGAGAAAUCGGUGUCCGCGCGCGUUUUUUUUUUUUUUUUUAUCUGAUCCUCUACUCGCGUUUGUGUUGUCGGGAAAGAAAAUCGUCGUUUGUUUGUUUGCUUGUUUACGGGUCCGUCGCCGUCGGUUGUCGUGUGGCGUAAACAACUCUUGAACGCGGCACAGCUACCCCUACAUAUUUUUUUUACCUCUCCUCCAUCAUCAUCGUCGAUCGAUCGACAAUCGGCCGCUAAAACCUAUAUUCAAAGUCAUCUACUAAAUAUUACUUUAUAUAAAUAUAUAUAAUUAUGGCCGAUGCUGAAGUCGAAAAGAUAAAAGAAACGGAUAUAAGUGUUAAGAUAAAUGGAGAUAUAUGUGAAAAUUUAAUACCUAAUAAAAUAGAAACUAAUGAAAACAAACAUGUAACUAAUAAAAAUUCAUCAAAUCACAGUAAUAAUGGUGAUGAUGAUCACGACAACCAAGAAAAUCAUAAAGGUAACAGUGAUGAUGAUGGUGAUGAAGAAGACGAAGAUGAUGAUAAAAAUAAUAGCAAAGACUGUAGAUCAGACAGUAGCAAUUUAGAAUUUGAAAAUGGCAAUAAUGCUAGUUCAAGUGAGACUGCAACACAAGCUCUUAAUGGUAUUAAAGAAACGGCUGAAAUCCACAAUCGCAAAGAACAAAAAGAAACUAAUAGAUGUACAGAACAAACCAAUAAUAAAGAUGAAGAACAAAUAGAAGAUGACAAUGAUGAAGAUGAAGAAGAAGAAGAGGAUGAUGAUGAUAAUAAUAUUAAUGAUCAAAACAAUACUGAAAACCGAUCGGACGAAAUCAAAAAAUCACUGGAAGACUCUAAAAUAAAUCUAGAUAAAUCCGUCACCAUCGUUAAGGUAGCGGAUCCCAACCGAUCUCCCGAUGGUAAGAAGAAAGUAAAAAGCUUGCCAGAUAUUACAUUAACACCUCGCAGGAGUUCUCGAAAUUUAAACCGAUCGAAAAAUUAUUCCGAAAAAGAAGAAGAGAAGAAAGACAUAGUAACAAUAGACGAUAGUGUCAAAGUAUCGUCAUUGAAAUUGCCGGUGGCUACCACUAAACCGAUUGUCGUUAACGAUACCAAGAAACUUGUGGAAAUUGCUGCUGGUACUAAGCAAAAGAAUAAUAAAAAAGAACCGACGUUAGUGAUAAUUGAUACUAAUAUGCUGUCGGGAAGAAGUAAUUUACCCAUAUCAGUGUCAGUGCAAUCUAGUACUCCACACAAUUCUAUUAACGUCUCUCAAACGAGUAGGGCGAUACAAAAUUCUUUUAAUCGUGUUCAACAACAACCCCAAACCACAAUCAAACCUUUCAUUCUUGCUACUACCCAAGCAGCGCCCGUUAUUACGCCGCCACCAGCUCUUCCCAAAGCAGCCCCUGUAAUAUUACCAACACUUACAGACGAUAUGUAUGUCGUCGAAGCUCCGUCAUUUAUAGUGCCUUAUGUUUAUGAAAAACCUCCUAAAAACCCUCUUAAAGAGUUUGUCGAAAAGAUAGAAGAUAAUCUUAAGGAUAAGGAAGUAGACCUAGACCAAGUAAAAGAUAAGAAAGAAGACGGUAAAGUAAUCAAUGAAGAGCAAUCCGAUGACAUUGAUGGGAAAAGAAAAAAUGAAAAAAAUGAGUCUUCAGAAAAAAAAGAUGAAAAAGAUAAUAAGGACGAUAAAAUUGUGGAAGAUGAAAAAAUGGAAGUUGAUGAACCCGAAAGUAAUGACGACAUUGUAAAUACUGAAAAGAAUAAAAAUGAUAAAGCCGAUGAUUCAAAGGAAAAAAACAUUGAAGACGAAAUAAUGGACGUAGACGAGUUAGACUCCAAUAAAAAAGAAGAAGCCGCCAAUAAGAGUUCAUCGUUAGAAACUACAGAUUUAAAAAAAAGUGAUAGUAUUACUGAUCUGACUAUUGACGUAGAUGAGAAAAAACCAACUGAUGUUAAAGAAAAACCAAAGACUCUUCAGCAAAGUGCCAACUAUUUUGAAAAUCCUUUGGGAAAGUUCUUUAUGCAAAUUGGCGUUAACCUCGUUCAAGAACACGUACAGCUUGAUUUGUUGCGAACUCAGAGACGAAAAAGAGAUAGGGAAGGUGAUAACUGCUCUGAAGAUGUACACAUGGCUAUUAGUUCGCUGAUCAAGACGUUAGAAUUCAGCAAAGAGAACAAUGAUCCAUUUCAGUUUGGCAUGAAGAAAUGUGAACUUUGUAAUUUUAAAUCGGAAUCAAGUCUUGUCAUGGCUCAUCAUUUAGAAACUCCACACAUGACAGCCAAUUAUUGUUAUAGAUGUAAUUUUUGUACCUUCCAAGUACGAAAUCCACACGAGAUAUUGCAGCACAUGGACACGCAUAACAUAAGGGGACGUCUAGAAAGAGGUCCUGCUCUACAUCAAUGCCCAAGUUGCCCAUUCGAAGACAGUUACAAGGGCAAACUUACCAGGCAUUUGAUUUCGUGUUCUAAAAAGUAUCGCCCAGAAAUCAACCAGGCGCCACCAUUGGAUUGGGAACCUCCUGCGAAAAUACCGAGAGUGUUGCGAAACAAACCUUCCAUGAGUCCUGGAAACGCUGUUUAUCAAGCAGCGAUGUCUGGGUUUAAACAAUUUCCUAACCCUAAUAUGUUACAACUGCAACAACAACAGUACAACAAAAUGGUUCUUGCAUCUGGCGUACGUGCUCGUGGCCGUACUGUCUUACCUGGCCAAAGAUUCCCAGGAAUGGUAUCUUCGUUCCCAUCUACAUUACCCAAUCAAACUGCUGGAGGUAUUUUGUUAAGAAAUACAAGUAUUAAACCGAUUAACCAAUCGAUGAUUGUCCCUACGCCGUAUUCAAUUAGUAACCACACAUAUCAGCAAACUUUGAGUAGUUCCAAGUCUGUUCAACAACCAAGCAUAUCGAUAACGCCUUUGCCAAGAUCGUUCCCAUUAAACAAUAUGCAAUCGACGCCUGUGUCUACCAUAUCGAAAAUUAGGUCUCAACAAUCAAGUCAGUCGUCUUCAACAAACAGUGGAAAUAAACCAACGUUUGUUAUAUGUGAAAUUUGCGACGGUUACAUAAAAGAUCUAGAACAACUACGCAAUCAUAUGCAGUGGAUACACAAAGUGAAAAUACAUCCAAAAAUGAUUUACAAUCGACCACCACUGAAUUGUCAAAAGUGUCAGUUCCGAUUCUUUACUGACCAAGGGCUAGAAAGACAUCUGCUCGGAUCACACGGUUUGGUUACGUCCAGUAUGCAAGAGGCGGCUAACAAGGGAAAAGACAGUGGGAGAUGUCCAGUUUGUGGUAGAGUGUAUCAAUGGAAAUUAUUGAACCACGUCAGCCGCGAUCACGCUAUGUCUUUAAAGCCUGCGCAUUUAUCUUACAAGUGUACAGUUUGUACGGCCACGUUUGGCAUGUACAAACAAUUCGAAAAUCAUGUUUACUCCGCGCACAGCAAUGUCGCUAAAAACUCUAAUAAAAAACCACACGGUAAUCAAUCUGCGUCGUCUGCAUCCAUGUCAUCGCCCGUGGCUUCGACGUCAUCAUCUGCAUCUGCGUCUUCUACAUCGGCUUCUACACCAAAGCCAUUAAAAAUAAAUGAUGAGAUCACUAUUAUACCUCAGCCACCCAAGCCACAAAAUCUGUCUGUUAAAAAUAAUAAUAGUAAACCAACUACAUCAAGUGGAAAACCAAAUACUAGUGUUACAACAAAAACCAAAGUGUAAACAAAGAUGUAUACACACGGUAUAUUGUACAAAGAUUUUUUUAUUUCGAAGAACUCUGGAGACAUAAUCAGGGUUACUGUUCUCCCCGGUUUUUAAUUCGCUUGGGAAAUUUUUUAUUAUGUUAUUAUUCUGUCGGGCAAUAAAAAAACAAAAAAAUGUGUACAAACAUUUAAUUCUACGCGAAUUAAAAUUCAAAACAAUUUGCCCUGUACACAUUUUUUUUUUCGGUAUAAUAAACAUUAUUAUUAUUGACUUGAAAACUGUAUUAUCUGUUUAACCCACGAUGAAAGCGUGUACUAUAAGUUUUAAUAUAUUUUACUUGAACAUAGAUAAAAAUAUUUACAAUUUGUUAUAAAUAUUAUUACUAACUAGAGAUAUAAUUUUAUUGGUAAUGUUAUUCUCCCAGAAUAUUAUGUAUGUCCAUGACUGUAAAUAAGUUGUUUAUUUAGUGGAGGCGUAUCUAUAAUAAUUUUUGUAUUCCCAACUAUUGAUUACACACACGUUUAUUAUAAGUUGUCCCUUCCCUUUUUAUUUAUUUAAUUAUAUAUCAUUAUUAUUAUUAUUAUAUAUAUUUUUUUUUACUUUGCCCAAAGCACAUGUACUGUUUAUGUAAAUUACAACACGUAUUAAAUAUACCUACACUUAAUUAUAAUGUUUAAAUUAAGUAUUAGUAUAAAUCAUUGUAUAUAACUUGCCUGUUUGGCUUAUCUGUACAAUAUUACACAAUGUACAUUCGAAUAUAGAAUAAAAUAUCUAUAUUUCUUAACUGAUACUAUUACGAGUUAGUUAAGUGUUCUUAUUUUCAACUCUGUAGUGUUCAUCAUCGACAUCAAUGACUUGUAUCGUAGCUAAAGAGAGAGAGAGAAUCCAAAACAUCCAGUGUAUACAUAAAAAAUAGAAUAAUAAUAACUGCAUUGAGGGGAGCGUCUGUUUUUUUU